CUCAUCUACUCCCUCCACCGUCUGAGAUCCAUGGCGACCAGACGGUGUUUACUAAUCCACCUUUGCGUCACUUCCUGCGUGGCGGUACUCUGGCCACGAAGUUGGGUGCCAACGAACAUUGCUGAGAACAGCGGCAUCGCAGACCACGCGCUCGCAUCUGAAGUCACGGGUCUCUUGCAUGAUCACGAUGCUCUGGAGCGGUACGCCCAGCGACCGGAUUGUUUCGGCCGUGUGGCAUCGAAGAUCCGCACACAGUGCGGAGACCUAGAGCACAAUAUGGACGAGAGGGUCCGGGCGGCCAUCUCGAUGACAAUCUGCGAACUGGAAACAGCGGAACACUCUUCGAUUCCCUUGGAGUGCGCCACGUACUCGGUGGACUCCGCGCGGGUGUCCCACAAGAUCUCGCAUGGGAAAUGUGUCGAGGCUUUGGGGAGGAGCACGCAGCACUGGGCGAGCUAUUCUGGGCAUUUGCAGAGAAUUCCCCAGCUGUGCUUUGCUUACCGUCGCUGGAACGAUAUAGACACUGCCAAAAGUAUCUAUAGAAACAUCACUCUCAAGUCGGAUGCGUUGAUGGAGAUCUUGCUUGCCAAAGAGCGGUCGGAAGCAAGUCACAGACAGCAGUGGGAAGCUCAAGCCGAGGUCGGUGAAUGAUGCUUCGCCGGUGAUUCUGCUGCAAUCCUCCGACAGGACUUGGGUGAUCUUGUAUUCUCUCUGAAAUCGACCUCUGAUGGGGUAGAGGCGCAUAUACGCACGACUCAGGCCCGCAUACAGGCAGAGUUGCAGUCUGCGUUUGCUGAGCUUGCGAUGUAUCGUACCUCGGCACACACAGAUGCGUCGGAACUUGUGCAGCACAUGCGCAUCGAGCUCAAAACGAUAAUGCGAGAGCACGUACAAUCUCUGCACCAAGUGUUUCCUGCACUUGAGAGUUCGUUAACCGAUCAUAUGCAAGCUGCGCUUGCUCUAUUUCGAGAUCAGAGUGUCCAAGUCUCGGCUUCAGUCGCAUUUGCUCAGCACGAGUGGUCCAAUCUGGUCGUCCAAUUUGUGGAUAUGCAUCAAAGGCUCGCGAUUCUCUCGGGGAGCAUCGUCGAGAAUGCCGAUCUCAUGAACACAUCAAUCGAGCAGGCCAAGUCUGUGCUCGCCGCUCAGAAGGAUGUUGAACGUUCGGCUUCAGGACUGUCGACCACACUACAUCAACUAUCGAACACCACACUCGAAACUCUUAUGCAUGUGAAUGGCACUCUCAAUCGAUUGACCCAGACUACUCCUUAUCGUGACUGGAUUCUGUCGUGGAUUACCCCGACUGCAUCCUUCAUAUCUGCAGACACCAGCCGUCUUGUCCUCGCCUUAUCUCGAUGGCUCUACUCCCUGUUUCAGUGCCUGUUCUUUGCAUCCAGCAUCCUAUUCUUUCCCUUGCGCACUAUUCUUGCUAGAAAUCCGGCGAACAAAUCUCUACGUGAACGUUGGCCGAUAGAAACAAGCGAUCUCGCACGAUACCCGAACUACUAUCAGCAGUCCGAGCAAUCAUCGAACAGCAUCGCAUUACAUCCUAUGGACUUGUAUCGAAGCCGUAUCCCGGAUAGACUGCUCAGAAAGAGGAGCCCGCGUUGGUAGCUUUUGUUGUCCCAGCAAGGAACUCGGAUAAUCACUCAAAGGACUUGUGUUGUACAGUAGCUCUGUUGUAAAUUGUAACUUCGGUGUGGUCGAGGACUUGAAAGUGUCAUCUAUGGUGUCACUGUGAUGCCUCCUCGGUCCGGAAUGGGCAUUUGUAUCCACACUUCGGGACCUGUAUCAAAAACAUACCAUCGGCGAACUACGCGCAAAACGUAGGCCGAAGCAAGAGCAGACCGUGCCAAUACGUAUGAGCAAGCGUCCCAACAGAAUUUAGCCUAGGGUAGCAAAGUCUGCGUGGGGGUAGACCGUCCCGGGCGAAUGAGCUACUUGGAUAUAGUAUACGAGCGCGAUGGUGGACUGGUGUCCCGGUCCGGAGAUUCGUACUGGUAUGACCUGUAUCAGGGCACGCCUACCGAGGCCAGCCUGAUUGGCGCAGGGAGCGCGGUGCAGAUGACGAGACAGCAGACACGAGGAUGAUCAGGCAAGGCAGUGUAUGUCGUGCUGUUUACAUAGCAGUCGGGAACCGCCCGGUUCCGCAGUGAGUGCGAAUCCGAGCACACGCGGUCGCGAUAUUAUGUGACCCUCGGGGCUUAGACUUCAGAAUCAU